AUGCUGCACUGUCCGCCUUAUGCCGCCUUUCUCUGCGUCGUUUCGCUGCUCUGUCUGCUCCCCAUGGCGCCCAUCGACCCGCACUCCAACACGCAGGCUGGCGAGCCGCUCACCACGUUCGUCGACUUCAAUCUGACCGUCGACUUCGACAACAAGCAGAUCUCAGGAACGGCUCGAUUAGUGCUAGACAAACCCGCCACGGGGACGCUCAGCCUGGACUCGCGGGAUCUGACCAUUCUCGGCGCCACCGACGCUGCCGGCAACGACGUGCCGUUCCAGCUGCAUCCUCCGCAUCACGUGCGCGGAUCGCUGCUCGAGCUCUCCUUGCACUCCAAUGAAGUCACCAUUCGCUACCACACGGGUGCCAGUGCCUCAGCGCUGCAGUGGCUCACACCGGCGCAGACGGCAGGAGGGCAGCACCCGUACGUGUUCACGCAGUGCCAGGCCAUCCAUGCGCGCUCCGUCUUCCCCUGCCAGGACACACCGCAAGCACGCAUCAAGUACCGCGCGCGAGUGAACAUACCAGCAGGCCUCCACGCGGUCAUGAGUGCGCAGCACGUGGCCACAGAGCAGACGGCGAACGCCGCCCGUGUGGAGGAGGUGUUUGAGAUGGAGCAGCCCAUCCCGCCGUACCUCUUUGCUCUUGCCGUCGGUGACAUCGCCUCCAAGACGCUCAGCCCACGCGUGAAGGUCUAUGCCGAGCCAUCACAGGUGGAGGCAGCAGCGUACGAGUUCAGUGAAACAGAGGACAAGAUCAAGGCAGCAGAGGCCCUGUUCGGCCCGUAUGGCUGGGGGGACUUCAACCUGCUGCUCAUGCCACCCGCCUUCCCCUACGGUGGCAUGGAGAACCCUCGCUGCACCUUCCUCACGCCCACACUGCUAGCUGGCGACCGCUCAUUGGCCAGCGUGGUUGCGCACGAGCUGGCACACAGCUGGACUGGUAACCUGGUUACCAACGCGGAUUACUCCUCCUUCUGGCUGAACGAGGGGUGGACGGUGUAUGCGGAGCGGAGGAUUCUGGAAGCAACAGAGGGGGAGGAGAAGGCGAAGAUAGAUGCGGCUAUGGGCUGGUUGGACCUGCAAAAGGGGCUCUCGCGCUUCACCUCUGAAACGGGCUCAUCCAGCCGUCGAUUCACGCAGCUGGAUCUGGGCACGGACGGCCUGGAUGAGAUCGAUCCAGACGAGGUGUUUUCCGAGGUUCCGUACGAGAAGGGGUUUUUCUUCCUCACACGUCUUGAGAAAGCCGUGGGGCGGCCGGCGUUUGACGCGUUUAUCACCAAAUACAUCAGCAAGUUUGCUUUCCAGUCUAUUACCACGGCCACGUUUCUCGAGUUUUUGCAAGCAGAGUUGCCUCAGGUGAUGGAGAAGGGCGGCGAGAGCUGGGUGGACGUGGAGGAGUGGGUGAGAGGACAAGGAAUGCCGGCCGAGGCGGAGAGCAUCGUGCCUCAGUCUGCCAAGCUGGCGGCUGUGCAGCAGGCGGCAAGUGGGUUUGUUGAGGAUCCGCACUCAAAGUUUGGGCGGGCGGAUGCGAGUGACUGGGGUCCUGAUGAGUGGCAGAUCUUUCUUGCCGGUCUGCCCAGAACUCUGCCCGUUGAAACGCUCGUGCGAUUGGACGAAGAGUUCGGAUUUUCAAAGAGCAAGAACGCGGAGAUAAGCGUGGGUUUCCUCACAGUGGCAGUGCAGUCAGGAGCAACGCAGUUCCAUCCCGAGGUGGAGGCAACCCUCAUGUCUGUGGGCCGCAUGAAGUACCUGCGCCCGCUCUACACUGCGCUGAUAAAGGGCGGUGCCAAGGACGUGGCUGAAAGGGUGUUUGAAGCGGCCAAAGCCGGGUAUCACCCAGUGGCAUUAGCACUUGUCAGUGGUCUGCUGAAGGGACCGAGCUACCGUUCAGAAACCCAAGGAAUUCCGUGGACGGAGGAGGAGCACCGGCUAUUCCUGGUGGGGUUGUGCAAGCUGGGGAAGGGCGACUGGCGGGGCAUCGCGCGGAGCUUCGUGGUGACGCGCACGCCCACGCAGGUGGCGUCGCAUGCGCAGAAGUACUUCAACCGCCAGAACAACCUCAACAAGCGCAAGCGCCGCUCCAGCCUCUUUGACAUCAACACCGACUCGGUUUUGGAGGAGAGGAUGGAUAUGAUUCGCUCCGUGAGCACGCCCACCCUCCCCCUCGCGCCUGAAGACGCCAAGUGCAGCGCGCGUGCCGCUCCCACGCACGAUCCACCCAUUCACGCGCAUAACCCCCCCUCGUCCGCGUCAUCGCCCAAGAUCCCGUCCAAUCUCGCCUCCGUCAAGCCACCGUCAUUCACGUUACAGUCAGUCACGCUACCGUCAGUCACGGCGUCACCGCCGCCUGCUUACGCGCAGCACGCGUCUCUGCUGGACCUCAACCGCUCGCACUCCUACCCCGUGGUCCCUGGCGCCGGCGACACCCACCUCUCGCGCUCUCUCAGCCGUCCGAUGUCCCUCCCAUCGCUCUCUCCUACGAAUCCCGCUGUACAUACUUCCGCGGACGUGUUAUUCCCACCUGCUGACGUCAUUCAUCCCUGGCGCAUAUUUGGCGUUACUGAACCGUGGGGUGGCUACCCCACGGUAGGCCGCACCUGGCCUCCGCAUCCUGCUGCUCCCGCGGUCCGUCCAGAUGCAAUGUAUCCGGCGGAGAUGAUGAUGGACCCGGCGGCGAGGCACAGGAUGGGGUACGAGAUGCUGCUGCGCAUGGAGGAGGAGAGGAGGCAGCGCGCGCACGCGGUUGCUGCUGCUAAUGCGGAUGCUGAUGUGGAUGUACAGGGCGCUGAGAAGAAGGUUAAGGUGGAGAACGAGGGGGGCACGGGGGUGGAAGUCAGUGUACAUAAAGAACCCCUGCCUUCCAAGUUUGUCGCUGGUGCCUCUAGGUUAUCUGAAGCCAUGGCUCCUGGUAGUUGGCACAAUAAGAGUAAGGUGGAGGAAGAAGGUGGUGCAUCGAAGGAGGCUGGACUGGCAGCUGCUGCUGCGCAAGCAGAGGCAGUGCCUGUGAAGCAGUUUCCUCCGCCUUUCUCUCCUCCUCACGGAUUCUACCCACCCACCUACCACUGCUUCCCUGAUCCAUCCUUCAUGUACAUGUGGCCUCCUUAUCCUCCUCCGCUGAACCUGGGGUGCAGCUGGCAGCCUCCAUUCUCUAGCGGCCAUUCCAGCAGUCCAGGGGGGGCAAGCCGAGUGCUUCGCCCCACAGCCAUGCUGGCCACAUCGCCCCUCCACGUGCCUGUUGCUGUCAAGGAGAGAGGGAAUGGUGUCUCAACAAAGGAGACGGCUCGUAAGGAAGCCGGGCUGCAAGUAGAGACUGGCUUCAAGGGGGGUUGUGAGGGGCUGAUGUUAGGGAUCGAUGUGUCUUCAGACCCUGCUGGUUCUUCCAAGCCCUUCACAGUGCUCAGUCUCAGUUCUGCUCCAGAGGCGGCUGAUUCUCUGCCCCGGAAGACACCUUCUACGCUUCAGCUCUUUGAUGUGUCCCGCCCAUCGGCCUUUCAGCUCCAGACUAGUUCUUACAAAGAGAGGUCACAACAGCGUGGUGCUGGGGGAGUUGGCCAUGCUCCGAUAAGCGUCUCGUAA